AUGACUCGCGGAAACUCCGACCUCGGCUUCACCAUUAAAGCAUACCCCGAAGAACGCAAGCUCCGAAGAUCUCAAGAAGCUCAAAUCACGAACCCGGCCGAUUUCGGACAAUGGGCCACGGCCACUAAGAACAUGAUUUACUCGACUGCCACCGACAAUAUCAACCUCAGUCAAACACACGUCCACUCUCCCACGCGAGCACUCCGAUCGAAGCCUUCUUUGUACCGCCAGGAGUUGCCGCACACCGGAAGUCACCGUUUCGCAGCAAGACCUCGAACCGCGAUUUUGUGUCUUGCGCUCCCGUUCCGGUGCGGCAAUCUCAAGCGAUCUCCUCUUGAGCUGCGAGAUGUCGCCGAUGGCUCCCGCAUGCCCUUGACUCUCCCAAACCCAGCGGCCUCAGGAGCACCUGGACAACUCCCCUACAGCACGCCAGAGGCUCGCCAGGUCGUCCAUGGAUCCUAA